CGUCGCCUGUCCAGUUCCUAAUUACUUUGCCCUGACGGACGCUCUUUGUACCAACACAGCUCUUUGGCUUUGGAAGGCUAGUUCCGCCAUUUGUCAGAGUGAAACAUGUCCCAAUUUGUGCAAAAGCUCCACCGAGUGUUCAGCCCACAGGCAAGAGAGAUGGAGCGGUUUGAGGAAGAGGAAGUUGGGAGCUGGGGUUUGACAGGUAUAAAUCUCCGUUCGUACCAACUUAAUGGCCUAAACUGGCUUAUUCAUUGCCACACUAUUCAACACGGUAGCAUCCUUGCAGAUGAGAUGGGUCUUGGUAAAACAUGUCAGUCAAUAUCAUUUCUCCUCUAUCUAACUGGAAAACAAAAGGAGAAAGGUCCUUUCCUGAUCCUGUGUCCGCUGUCUGUACUAAGGAAUUGGUCGGAGGAAAUGGGAAGAUUUGCUCCACAACUUUCAUAUGUUGUGUACAGCGGAGACAAAGAAACAAGAAUAUCUGCACAACAAGACCUGGAAAAUUGUAAUUUUCAUGUACUGCUUACCACAUACGAGAUUUGCCUGAAAGAUGCAUCUUUUCUGAGAAGGUUGAACUGGAAUGUCCUGAUUGUGGAUGAGGCCCAUAGGUUAAAGAACCAGAACUCUCUACUGUAUAAGACUCUGAAAACUUUUUCAGUACGAUUCACACUUUUGUUAACUGGAACACCAGUACAGAACAAUCUUCAUGAACUCUACUCACUGCUGAGCUUUGUGGAACCAAAGGUGUUCUCAGCGGAUGAAACUGAUGAAUUUGUUAAACAUUACAGCAGUGUAGAAGAGAACACAGAAAAAGCUAAAGAACUACACAGUCUGAUGCAGCCGUUUCUCCUGCGAAGAAUCAAGGCUGAUGUUGUAUCUGAACUACCUAAAAAGAUGGAUGUUGUUCUCUAUCAUGGAAUGUCUGUAUUGCAGAAGAAGUACUAUAAAGCCAUUCUGAUGAAGGAUUUGGAUGCAUUCGAAAAUGAAAUGAGCAAGAAAGCUCGAUUGAUGAAUAUCUUGAUUCAACUUAGAAAAUGUGUUGGUCAUCCUUAUCUUUUUGAUGGGGUGGAACCAGAACCGUUUCAGAUUGGAGAACACCUUGUUGAAGCAAGUGGGAAACUUCAUCUACUGGACAAAUUGCUGGCGUUUCUACACCCCAGAGGUCACCGAGUGUUGCUGUUUUCCCAAAUGACCAGAAUGCUGGAUAUUCUGCAGGACUAUAUGGAAUAUAGAGGUUACAGCUAUGAACGCAUGGAUGGGUCAGUACGUGGAGAAGAACGGUAUCUCGCAAUCAAAAACUUUAAUCAACAAGAUGUAUUUGUUUUUCUUUUAAGCACCAGAGCAGGUGGAGUAGGAAUGAACCUGACUGCUGCUGACACUGUCAUAUUUGUAGACAGUGAUUUCAAUCCUCAAAAUGACCUCCAGGCAUCUGCAAGGGCCCACAGGAUUGGCCAGAAAAGACCAGUUAAAAUUAUUCGCCUGAUCGGAAGAGACACAGUUGAACAGUUGAUAUACAGCCGGGCUAUGUCAAAAUUGAAGUUGACAAAUACUUUGAUUGAAGGUGGUCAAUUCUCAAUGAAGGAACAGGGAGAAUCAUCUGGGAUUUCUGAUAUGCAGCUAAGUGAAAUCCUGAAAUUUGGGUUGGAUAAGCUGUUGUCUUCUGAAGAGAGUACUAUUGAAGAUGUUAGUCUGGAAAAUAUUCUUGGAGAAACCAGAAAAGGAAUGUGGGUCACACAGGAGCAAGCGAGUAACAAAAUGGAAGCAAAUGAAGAACUGGAGACUACAACACAUAUGUACCAGUACGAGGGGAGAGAUUACUCUAAGGAACCUAGUUCAGCAGACCAGAAAACUUUUGAACAACUCCUAGAACUUCACAAAAUGGUGCUGGAAGAAUCUAGUAAAGGAGGAAGAUCACUUCGCACAAAGUCCAAUCUUCUUCCAGAUGCUGCAUUAAGUAUAACCACCAGAAAGAAACGAAUAUUGUCUCCUGAAGAGCUUCAACAGAGAUGUCAGAAACAUCAAGAAGCAGCAGCUAAGCGUGCAAAACUGCUGGAAGAGAAGAAACAGAAACGGGAAGAGGAGGAGCUAAAGAAAAAGAUGGCUUGGUGGAAUUCUUGUGGCUAUAGAUCACUAUGUCUUCCACCAUUGGAUAGUGGAAGUGAGGACGAAUCGGAGGAAGAUGAAAAUGACCUUCCAGGUGAUCUAGAUUCUGCGGAUACAGAGCAGAAGUCUAUUUGUUAUGUCCUCGGUGAUGUCACUCACUCUUCAGCUGCUGACGAAGAGGAUGUCAUAAUAGUGCACUGUGUUGAUGACUCUGGAAGAUGGGGUAACGGAGGGCUUUUUACAGCACUGGAAGCUCGAUCUGAUGAGCCAAGAAAGCAAUAUGGAAAAGCAGGGAAAAUGAAAGAUCUUUCUCUGGGUAGUGUCCUGUUAUUUCCCAUUGAUGAUAAAGAAUCACGAAAUACUAGUCAAGACUUGUUGGCAUUAAUAGUUACCCAACACAGAGACCGCUCCAACAAUAUCUCCGGCAUCAAAUUAACAGCUUUAGAAGAAGGGCUGAAAAAGAUCCACAAAGCUGCAAAGAAAAGAAAUGCAAGUGUUCAUCUACCACGCAUAGGGCACACAACCAGAGGAUUCAACUGGUACGGUACCGAAAGACUGAUUCGGAAAUAUCUUUCAUCAAGAGGGAUAGCAACAUACAUCUAUUAUUUCAAAAGGCAUCACGCCACCGCAACUACUUGUGGAUCCUCACCUUCUACCACCGAAGCUUCAGCAAAUGAUGAUGAAGAAAACAGAAGCAGGACAGAGAAUGAUGUGACGGGACAAUCAGCAGGAGGUCCAGGCACUUUGCCAGAUUUCAUGUCUGGAGUGAACGUUUACUUUUACAAUGUACCAGAAGAGAAGAUGUUAAGCCGCUAUUUGAUUACCUAUAAUGGUAAUGUGGAUCGCAAUUUCUGUGCUGAAACUACCCACGUUGUGGCACAAGUGGAUAAUUCUAACCAAAUGCAGGAAUUGCAAAGCUGUCUGCAGGAGAAUCCCGAAGCAGUGCUGGUUCAAGUGCAAUGGCUGAAAGCAUGUUUCUCAAAGCAGCAGAAGGUUAAUACUUCUUCGUAUGAAAUAAAACAAUAAUUUUUAGUGAAUUCCACGAAGCAAAAGUCAUUCAGGAAGCAUUCUGAAGAUAUGUAAAUAUAGGACUGCAUAAAUGCGUAAUUUACGGCUAACCAUG